AAUCGGCGCACAUGGAGAAGCGAGACAUGCGGCGAGAAGAGAGGAAGACGGAGGAGAGCUAGGAAUUAUUCAGACCAAGGAUUUAAAUCGAAAGUCGUGGGAUCUAUCACGAGAACGGGGAGGUUCGUACACGCCACCGGCGGACCUCUCGGGGAAGGAGGGGAGAGAGAGAGAGAGAGGGAGAGAGAAAAGAGAGAGAUAAUGAUGUAACGUAACGAAUUAUAUCGUGCUCGUGAAACAGUUUGUCACGAUUGCCCUUCGGCCGCGAUACGCACGUAGGUACGUGCGCUGUCAUUCCGCCUGCACCGUUGCCGGGAGGAGAAAAAGUGGCACGUGGUCAUCGAGGAGGUUUCCCUCGACACACGGAUCACCGGGGUUAAUCGACCCCUCGUCGGGGACCGGUUGACGGACGCCUCUCGAGGAAGGCGCGAGCGAGAUCCCGGUGGCCCCCUUCGCUGUAAAACACAAUCGGAACAUGGUACACCGUGCCCGGGCGAAAGGUCGUGACGUUCGAUAAGACGUCGUUUGAAUUCGCACCGUCACCAGGUCACACUUUGCAAAAAAAAAAACGAAUACUGGCUACUGGAGCCUCUCCUCGGACAAGAUGAGCAACCAGCUGCAAACCAAUUUGAUUGCCGCCGCGAUCGGAGCGACUAUCGGCGUCAUCAGUGCGGCCAGUAUCUUUAUUUAUCAGAAGGUCUUGGAGAAGCAGCAGCAUGCCGGGAAGAACGCUCAUCUGGAUGAAGUCGAUCGUCGCCUCACCGAACUGCAAACAGAAUUAGAAAGACUGAGAGUACAACAAAAUCAACAGAGAAAGAAGAAGAAGCUUAAUCCUAAACGCGAGAACGAUACUACGUACGCUACAACAGACAAUGAUACCGACGUGGAUUUCUCGACGGCUGGCGACGAAGAAUUUUUCGACUGUUCGGACAGCGAUAAUGGUAUAAGUGACAUCGAGAACAGGACAACUGAAGCCACCUGCCCUGGAUUAAACUUCUCCGCUCUCGAUGCGCAUCACCAACGGGGUGGACACGAAGAGGAUGAUUAUCUUGAACUACGAAAUCUCGUAGACACGUAUCCAGAUAGUGUAGACGUAGUAUGGAGAUAUGCCAGAAGUUGUUACAAAUAUUCAAAUUGCACCACUGACGCAAAUGUAAGAAAAGCCGUUAUUUGUGCAGGAAUUGACGCCUGCGAAAAGCUUCUCGACGUACAAAACGCAGAUCUGCACAAAUGGUGCGGCAUACUCGUUGGCGUAAACGGUGAUUUUUUGCCGGUAGCUGAGAAGAUAAAGAACGGUUACCGUUUCAAGGAGCACGUUAUGAAAGCCUUGGAGAUGCGUCCGAAUGAUGCUGACCUGCAUCAUCUACUCGGCAGAUUCAAAUACGAGGUGGCCAACUUGAGUUGGAUAGAGAGAAAGAUUGCUGCGACUUUAUUUUCGGAGCCGCCAAGUGCCUCGUACGAAGAUGCGAUUGAUAGCUUCCAGAAGGCGGAGGACUUUUCAGUCAAAGUAAAUCUGGAGAACUGGCUGUUUCUAAGCAAAUGUUACAUAGCACUGAGCAACUAUAAACCGGCCUGUCAGUGGCUGGAGAAAAUUUGCGAUUUAUCAGUUACGAGCGAAGAGGAUGAAAGAAUACAGAACGAUGCGCGUCAACUUCUUGCCAAGUACUCGGGAUAUCAAUAGCGGAAACGUUAAAUUUUAUAGAUCUGAGAAUGUAUCCAUUCCAUAUAUUACAAAUAUAUUAAUCGCGCGAUGAACGUAAAGGAUUCGCAGGUGAAUGUGAGGGGAAAGAAAAGCGUAUACAAGUUAUUCUAAUUAUAGGGCGGGAGGUACACAAUUUUAACUCUGGACAAACUUUUAUAUGAAACUGUAUAAAGUGAUCGCUAUUUGUCUUCGGAAUAAAAAAGAUACGAAGCAGCGUGGGAUGUUUUAGGAAAUAAUUUUGUGAUAAAAUACAUUUUAGAAUCGCCAUUUUACUGUAUAAAUAUUUGGGCCUAGCGUGGUUUAUUCUGUCAGUUAUAUAGACUUACAAAUUUAUUAUGUUGGUUUUAUCUUUCUAUUGUCUGUUUCCUAAUAAAUGAUACAACAUGAUAAGCACC